GUUUUGCGGCAUAGCUUCAGUGAUAGAAUUCUGGGACCAAGCCUGCUGCACACAUUAGACCUGCUGUUUGCAAUAAUGUUUAGAGAUGAAAAGGGAAACGAGAAAGCUCUUCCAUCACAUACUGUCUAUCAGAUGAUCUUUUCACAUUCACAUUAUCUAGAACUAAUGUUCAACAGAGAAACAGAGUGGGAUCAAUUGAAAGAGAAGGUGAUUGCUGUGCAGCAGACUCUUGUCAACUGUAAUAUAAAAGUAUGUGAAGAGAGACAUGUUCCCAUCUUAUUGGGUGCAUAUGGGGCUUCUAUGUCAGCUGUAGACCAGCGGAUACUAAAGCUGCUGUUUACAUAUGAGCAAAAUGGCUUCAUGGACACCAUACAGCCCAUUUUGUGGGGUGAAGCUGCAAUUGCUCAUUUUGGAGUACAAUCCAGUGACAGUAAUCUCUGGAAUGACCCCAAACCACAGCAGGCAUUAGCAUUAUUAGACAAAGACAAGAUUUUGAAAACUUGCAAUAAAUUUGACACUAGUCUUCCCUUAGAGCCACAAGACGUGCAAAGUAUAGAUCCGUCUAUAUACGACAUACGGUUCCUGUUGUCCCUAAUGACGUACUUUGCAAAUCAUGAAGAGGUUGGCAGUCUUGAUUAUGCUGAGUGUGGGGCAGUGGCAGUGGGGUUUGCUCUCAUGACAUCUCACUCUGAUGCCAUGUGGGGAGCCGGUGCUGCUCUCUUGAGAUUUAUGGUGGAAAGGAUGGAGGAUACUACGCGACGUGUUCGUUUGAGGUUACCAUGGUUGUGGUUAGUUGGAGUUGUUAGUUGUACCUUUGAUGGUGUAAAACGUCGCCUCCCACCUUUAACAACACAGUUCUUAAUCCGUUCAUCAUUACUGAUCUCACAGCCUUCACACCGAAUGUAUCAGCCUGUUAUGAACUACUUGUUUCUUAAACCAGCAUUUGAUCUGAAUGAGAUUCCAGAGUUGUUCAGGUUCUACAAUUCAGAUAGCAUAAAGGACCACUACGUUCAACGGUCAUUUCUGAUGUCUAUGCUGUCCACUGGUAUCCGUGAGAAUGUGGACUACAUAAUAUGUAAAAGGAGGUCCGUAACCACAAUGGUGAUGGGAAUGCUGCAGGCUCCCUCAAUAGAUGCUCAUCUCAGAGUACAGGUGCUUGAAGUCUUGGAAUCAUUGGUGCACAUCCUACCUGCAGCAGUUGACUUAGUCAAGUAUCAUAAUUUGCUGACAGUAUUACCACUUGUGGUCCUACCAACUACAUCUCAGGAUGCACAAAUUUCAGAGCUCCUUAAGGCAGUGUUGAAUGUAUUAAGUGCCAUUUGGUCCACUAUCACAAAAAGUGUUACAGAUGAAAAAAGAAAGAGAAAGAGAGAAGACGAGACAGACUUGCCUUCUAGUAAGAUUGCCAAAAAGGAAUACGCUGUUGAGGAUUUGGGUGUGGAUGAUCUGGAACCAGACAGAGAAAAUGCAAGUUUGGAUGAUUUUGAUGAGAACCCUAUCUCUAAGAGGAUAGUACCACCACUUUUUGUACGAGAGUUCCUUAACUGCUUGUCACUUCUCACACCUGUAACUGUUGCUUGUGACUCACCAGAAACUAUUGCUCAGUACCUAGAACUUCUUACAGAAAAUAUUAAAUAUGUUGAAACAGUUGCAGAACUCUCUGCAAAGAACCUCAUACGAACAGCAGCUUUAUCCCCUGAAGGCAUCAAAGGACAGGUUUAUGAGAAUAUCAGUUGGGACACGAUACUUGGCCAUCUGCAAGGAAGAGUAACUGAUGAGGAGGAAGUGAAGUUGCUUGGUGCCAAGGCUGAGGAUAUGAGGAACAAGUGGGUCACUGAGCCACUUUCCACAUGCUUGAAGAAGCCCACUACAACUGAAGAAGAUAACGAGCCGACUAAUGAAGAUGGGCUGAGACGACUAAGGAGUUCAGUGACCCAGUUGCUUUGUACUUUGGGGAAAUAAAAUUAUUAAAGAAUUUGUUAUACUGUUUUCUGUACAGUAAUGUUUUUUAAAGUGAAUAAUCUAUUUUCAAGGAGCAUUUUGAAAUAUUUGUAUGUGGUUAUUGCAGAUAUUAAUAACUGAUUCAUGGUUGUUCUCUCUGUCUCUUUCUCUUCUCUCCUCUCACUUGUCUCAGUUUUCUUUGUUUUUGAAUGUUUAAGGAUCAUUACAUUUAUUAAUAUGUUUGCAGUAUCAUUUGAAUGAAUAUCAGUAUGUAGUUAUUUUUGCUUAGAAAUAGCAAAAUGAGCAAAAGAAAUGUAAUUUUCUUUUUCUAUAAAAAAAACAAAAUAUUA